AUGCCCUUGGUCCACCGCCGCGUCGGCCGCAUCGGCCGCAAGAAGACCUAUGGCGGCCUCGCGGCGGUAGAACGCGCGAAGCAGGCGGGCACGCACAAGGCGCCCGACGGCCCCCCCAAUUGGUUCCUCGCGACACUUGUUAUAGUAGGAGGCGGCUCGUUACUGUACAAGGUCUAUGAUCAUCACCAUUUACCGCGGGCGCCGCCCUUCCGAAAGGCCGUGCCGAACGAUUUACAUGCUAUUCAUGAUUUGUUGGCUGUUGGAAGUGCUGGCGUGUUCCUGAACAACGAGGACAAGUCAGAAGUCUCACAAGCGGCGGAUGCAUUCGCAGAACUACUGGAAGAGAUCCAUCCCAUUGAGGAGUGUAGACAUGAAAUCAGCGAAGCGAGGAAACGGCCUGACCUCGCCUCGCUCGGCGGCCGCAUGGACCCAUCGACGGCGGCGGCGGCGAACGCGGCCUGGCGCUGUUUACCAGCUCAUUUUGAAGAGAUCCACUUCGACAAGCCGUUUGAAGUGGCGCACGUCGGUUCUCCGGGUCUCGAGAAACGGGGUAGAAGAGCAAAGGUUUUAGAUAGGACGCUGCUGGGCGCUUGUAAACCAACUUCAUGGGACCGCGCUUGUAGUUUAUGGGUGUCGCUGCAUGCCUUGAGCGCGAGAGCGGAUCAACUCGGAAAGUCGCGCGAAUUCAUCAGACACGUCUAUCCGCUACUGGCGGGCGGCGCGACGCAGUGCGCCGCUUGUACGGACCAUUUGCGCUUGUUCUUCCCCGGGCGAGGUGUACUCUACGAUAAGGUCGUCCACGAGCUCUCGUAUUGUGCGAACGUCCAAUGCUCAAAAGCCCAGCAGCACACGGCGCCUUUAGCUCAGUGCGUGAGGAACCCGCGCGAGGAGUGCAGCACCAAAAGGCUAGGGAGAGAAAGGACGGACAUCCAGAAUUUCAAGUCGUGGCUGCGCUCGAGGACGGACGACAACUCGUUCGACGUGUUCGUCGUCCUGCACAACCUCGUGACGGACGCCGUGCGGACGCCGGAGGUGAAGCGGUAUCUUUGUGCGGAUGAUGCCUAUCGGCACCUGCCUGUUGAUUUGGGCGGUGGUCUUCCUCGUCCGAAGCGGCCGCCCUUGCCUCACGGCAUCAAAAUCCCGGGCAUCGGGCCGCACCGGCUCCUGGACUGCCCCGAAUAA